CGCGUGAUUGCGUUUUUUAACACCGGCAACUCUUCCUUCAAACUUCCCGAGUCUCUUUUUACCGACAUUCACCAUGAUUUCGGUGCCGUUUAUGGUGGUCGUCAUUUUCGCCGCCAUUGUCACCGUCGAGCCGGCGAUUAACGAGGUUCGACCUCACAGCAAUCGACCAGGAAGAUUUCUUUCACUUCCGGUUGCGCAGAAAUGUGCAAAUCGACCAAAGGAAUUCAACUAUAAAGGCCACAAUUACUUCCUCAGCAGCCAUGUUCCUGCUCAUGCCAGUCAAAAGGUAGAUUGGUUGGACGCCAGGAACGUUUGUAGAGAGUACUGCAUGGAUCUGGUAUCCCUGGAGACUCAAGAAGAGAACAACCUGAUCUUCAGGGUGAUCCAGCAAAACGAUGUGCCGUACAUCUGGACCUCGGGUCGCUUGUGCGACUUCAAGGGCUGCGAGAACCGACGCGACCUCGAGCCGAAAUCCCUUUAUGGAUGGUUCUGGUCGGCCAAUCGCGAAAAGAUGGCCCCGACAAACCAGAUACCAAGCGGAUGGGGAUACAACCCGUGGUCGCAAACCGGUCACAAGAAGAUUCGCCAACCUGACAACGCUGAGUUCGACAUUAACGGCACCAGUGAAUCUUGUGUUUCGGUCCUUAACAACGUCUACAACGAUGGCAUUGCUUGGCACGAUGUAGCUUGCUACCACGAGAAGCCAUUCAUCUGUGAAGAUUCCGAGGAACUUCUUAAUUAUGUAGCCAGCACCAACCGUGGCAUCCGUCUCUAAGCCUCCACGCAGUCCUGGGAUCUGGUUCCUGACUCUUCAUAGAGUUCUCCAUUCCUUUUAUAGAUUCAACCCCGUCCAUAGGCUGUAGACCUCAAUUGAAUCUCCCUGCGUCUCUUCGAAUCAUGAUCUAAGGCAACGGAGGCACUUUCUUGCCUAGAAGUUGUAAACAAUUUGUAGUAAAUGUGGUAUCGCAGUGGAAUCUUUGCCUACGCAAGGUUUGAUUUAAUAGUUGUCUGUCUUGUAUGACUGAGUUUCAAUAACAACUGUAAAGAACUGCAUCGAAGUGAAGGUAUCGUGUUUGUUAGGUGAAUGAAAAUUUAAACAAUUGUCACUUCGUUGAAACUAUAUUCUCAAUCACAUGUAUGAGUAUCAAGGCAAUCCGAAGAUUUAUUAAUAGAAGAGAUAAGAUGAAGAAUUUUGAUCUACAACCUAUGGGACAAAUUGAAACGAGGUUAUCGGCAAAAUAUGAUACACGUCCUUUCCUAGAGUCCUGCAUUCCUUUCCCCAGUUUUAGACGAACAUCUAUUAAUAACUUCUGUAUUUCGUAUUAUAUGUAAAUUACCGUAAUCGAUAUUUACCUAACGUUACUUAUACAUAUUUAUUGAUAGAAAUUCGGUCCCAUCGUCUCUGUACAUUUUUUCAAAUAAACAUUGUCAUAGAUGUA